CAUAUAAACGUCGGUUUCCAUGGUCCCGAUACUGUUUGUUAAACUAUUUCAAAUAGCUAGAUAUUUGGAUAAACUUUUCAAAUCUUCAUGUCAGACUUAUCGAAAUAUGAGAAAGUUGGGAAUAUAGGGGAGGGGGCGUUCGGAAAAGCCAUACUCGUUUUGUCGAAAUCGGAAAACAUUCAUAGAGUGAUGAAAGAAAUCAAUAUUCGCAAGAUGACACUCAAGGAGCGAGAAGAAGCCCGGAAGGAGGUUUCUGUCUUGUCGAAAAUGAAUCAUCCAAAUAUAGUUCAGUAUUGUGAUUCAUUUGAAGAAUCUGGUUGGUUAUAUAUUAUAAUGGAAUACUGUGAUCAAGGAGAUUUAUACACUAAAAUCAAUAAACAAAAUGGUGUUCUAAUGCCAGAAUCAUUGAUUUUAGAUUAUUUUGUACAAAUUUGUUUAGCAUUAAAACAUAUACAUGAUAGAAUGAUUUUACAUAGAGAUAUUAAAACACAAAAUGUAUUUCUUACUUCUAAAGGCCGUUUAAAAUUAGGUGAUUUUGGAAUAGCGAAAGUAUUAAAUCAUACAUUGGAUUUAGCGCGUACAUGUAUUGGUACACCAUAUUAUUUAUCACCAGAAAUUUGUGAAAAUAAACCAUAUGAUCAUAAAAGUGAUAUAUGGGCAUUAGGUUGUGUUCUAUAUGAAAUGACAACAUUAAAACAUGCUUUUGAAGCCGGUAAUAUGAAGAAUUUAGUAUUGAAAAUUAUUCGUGGAACCUAUCCACCGGUUUCAUCAAAAUAUAGUUAUGAAAUAAGAAGUUUAAUUUCUCAAUUAUUUCGUCGAAAUCCAAGAGAUAGACCAAGUAUUAAUGCAAUCUUAAGGAAGCCAUUUUUAUCAAAACGUAUCUAUCGUUACUUAACAGAAACAGAAAUGGCAGAAGAAUUUAGUCAUACAGUUCUUCAUCAACAUUCUAAACGUAAAAAUGAUAAUCAAUCUAACAAUCUAAAUUUGAUAAAUAAACACUUCAAACAAUCACAACGUCACCACCAACAACAACAUCAAUUUUCAGUGAUUAAAAAAUCCAAGUUAAGUGAUGCGAUAAAUAAAAAAUUAAAUAAGAAAACGGAAAAUAGCAAUUAUAGUAACAAUAGUAAUUCACAUGGAACAGUUUCUGAAUGCGAAUCCAAACGUCGGGAACCAGUGAUCGAUGUGAAUCGUAGAAAACAAAGAGAAUUGAUUGAAAAACAGCGAUUGGAAGCUAGAAAUAAAAUAAAAGAACAAGGUUGGAAACACUUAUUAGAUAAUUCACCUGUAUGCAUUACACCUGCCGUUAAUGAGAAAAAUAUGGUAAAUGUGAUCAAUGAAAAUCCCAAACUAAAAGAUGUAUAUUACAAACCAAUUAUCAAUUCGACUAAUCAAUCUUAUGAUUGUAAUCCCUCUUCAUCACCAAGUGUAAUUGUAGCUGAUGCAUUUAUAAAAUACAAACAAGAAAGAGAUCGUAUCCAACAAAUAAACUGUAAAGAUUAUGAUAAUUAUAUUUGUGUUAAACAUUCAGAAGUUAUAACCCCCAAGCCAAUCGAUACAAUUUCGGUAUCAAUUCCUUCACAAUCUCUUGCAAUCGAAGGAGUAUCAAUAACACCACAAACACCAUCAACACCCCAAAUCAACAUAAAACCGUCUUAUCUACAACCAUGUCAAGCUGUUCUACCGAUGAGACCGAAUGAUAUGUGUCCUUUACUCUAUCCAUUUAACAAGGAAAAUAAUAUUACUAUUAUUGAUAACAGUAACAUUCAUGAUGAAAUCAAUAUUAUAAACAAUGGUAAAACUGAAAAUAAUAAUACUAGUACUGAUGAUAUUAUAAGUGAUCAAUGUCUCAGUGAGAAUGGCAAGUAUGAAGACAUUAAAUAUCAACCAAUUUAUUCAAAGCCAUACGAAUCAAAUUUACGUAGAAAUGAACAAAUUCAAUCAGCAAUUAAGCAAACCAAAUUAGUCGAAGAUUUUAUCGCUGUUAGACAACAAGCUGCAAUGAACCGUGCACGUGGUGCUGGUCAUAUUAUGGGUGUAGCUGAUAUAUUAGGCGGUUCACCAUUUGUAAAUCUUAACGAAAGAGGACGCAUACUUGAACAUCAAAGAGAGUUAAAAGCUUUGGAAGAGAAACGACAAAAGUUCGAAGCAUUAAAACUUGAACAGUUCGAAAGAUUGUGUACACCACAAUCUAAAUCGGUUCAGAAAUCGGUAGAACAUAAGUAUGUUGAUUCAAGUGAUAUAAAACCAUCUGAUAUUACUAUCAAAGAGUCACAACCUUUAGAAGCGCCUAGUUUAAGUAUGGUAUUAGCUAAAUUAAAUGAAAUGCCUACUUUAACAAAAGUUGAUAGUAAUAAUGAUAAUUCAUUGGAAUUAAAUCAAAAUAUGGAUGAUGAAGAUGGUGAAGAAGAAGAAAGUUCAGCAAUUACAGAAGAUGAUCCAAAUUCAAAUUCUAGUUCUGUUCAUUCUUCAAAUGUAUAUCAUAAAUGUACUGCAAUACGUAAAAGAAAAGAUAAUAUUCUACGUCGAUUAAAUGCAAAAUCAACGGAUUCCCGUAGUAAAUGGAUUAAAUUCUCAUCUAAUUAUAAAUAUGAUAUAAAUUUUAAAAAUUAUCUUUUCUAUCAAAAUCAUAUAGAUCAAUUGAAACAUUCAAUAACAAAAUAUCCAUUCAUAGAUCAUACAAUUUUACAUAAAUUAGCUCAACGUACAUUAGAAACGAAUAAUAAUUCAUCAAUGGAAUUAACUCAUUUAUCAAAUCAUAAUGAAGAGAAUAAUCAAUUGAAGCCUAUUCAUGAUUCCUUUACUUGUAAUUGGUCAAAUUCAAAUCAUACACUUGUACGUAGAUUAAAUGAAGCGCCAAUUGUAACAGGUCCUUCUGAUUGUCAAACAAUGAAUAAUAAUUCACAAUUGAAAACAUCAAUCACAACAAAAUCUGAUCUUCAAAAUCGUCUCAAUGGUUUAGGAAGUCCUAUAAAAAAUGCUUGGCAAUUCGAUCCACAAGGAAAAGAAACUAACGUAAGAGAAAUAUCAGUAUCACCGCCAACAACAACUAUUACUCCUAUAGCUACGACUACGAAUACCCCGUCAUCAUCAUCAUCAUCAUCGUUGUUGUCAAAUAUUCAUAAACCUUCUCUACCUGGCCCAAGUGGACCAGGUGGACCAAAUGUCAAUUUAACAGCUGACUGUUUACAUCCAGUCAACCAAUAUAAUAAUGAUCACAAUCAUGAAGGAAAAACAAACAGAUUAUCAGAUGAUUUAAACAUUUCAGAUCACUCGAAACUGUCGUUUAAUAAUCGCAUGGCAACUUAUCGAUUAAAGCAUCCUCGAAUAAUUAAUAAACCUGAUGAAAAAUUAUUUGAAAAAGUGGAUUUUGUAGAUGAUCCAAUUUCAGAUCAAAGUAUAACAGACAAUAAUAAAGUAAAUCAAUCAUGUGAAUUGGAAGAUUUAGAAAAUGGUCAACUUUUUGUACAAAAUUCUUAUCCUAUGAAUACAUUUAGAGAAAUGAAUAGAUCUGGUUCAUUACCAAAUAUCAGUAAUUUUUGCCCAACUUCAUCAUCACCUACUGAGGUAUCCACACAAAAUAAAGGUUUACAUGGAAAGUCAUUAUUGAAUUUACAAGAAAAUAAACAAGAUACUAAUAAUCAUGGUAACAAUUGCAAUGAUACAAAUAGCAUGAAUGUUUAUCAGAAAAAUCAUCAGGCAGAUGAUGAAAUCAAUUGUUGGAAUGUCAAUGAAAAACCAGUGAUAAACAAUAACAACAAUAGUCCAACAAUAAUUAAUGAACAAUUGAAAGAAGAACUAGAUAUAGAAGAUGAUGAACAAGAUAUUGAAUUAGUACGUCAAAGUAUGUUACAAGUUAUAUUAACUUCAAAUACAAAUGAUUCUAAUGAUGUUGCUUUAUUAUCCGAUGAUAUGGAUGAUAUUUAUUCAAAUCAUUCAACAAUAUCAGAAAUUGAUAUAAAACUAUUGAAUAAACAAAAACCAUUCAAUGAUCAUUUAAAUAAUCACAGAAAACGAUCAGUGUCAAUCAACCUCCCUAUUCAACGAAUUAGUAAAAUUGAACAACAAACUGAAGAAACCUCAUAUAAUAGUUAUACUGAAAUGAAUUCAGUUUUCAGACAAUCACAUAAAAAUCAUACCCUUGAUGAUGUAACUAAUAAAUAUGAUAAUAUUAAUAAUAAUUUAAAUCAUCCUGAAGAUAUAACAUCAAGUAGUGGUCAAUUACGUAAUUUUCUUAGUCGAUUAGAUAAUGUUUCAAUUGGAUGUACAACGAAUACAACAAAAGAUGAGAUUCGUAUGAUGGAUGAAAAGGAUACAGAUGAUGAAAUCACAGAAGAAUUAGAAGAUGAUGAUGAUGAUGAUCAUGGUGUUCAUGAUAUAACAACAGGAGUAAACAUAAAACAAAAUCAUAAAGAAACAUUGAAUAAUGAAUGUCAAGAAUCAUUUAUUAAUAUAUGUAAAUCAGUUCAUGGUAGUCGUUUAGCUCGAGUUACAGAAGUGAACGAAUCAGAUUUUGAAAUGAGUCAAGAUGUUGAUGACGAUGAUGAGGAUCAUGAUGAUGGAAGCCUUAGUGAUGACGACAAUGAUACUGACAGUGUUUUAGAUGAUUCCAGUGAAACUGAUAGUUUCAGUGAUAAUUCAUUCAUAAGUAAUGUAUCGAAAAAUUCACAUAAACGAAAAAUAAAUAAAAUCUACCAAAAGAAUGGAGAUAAUGAUUAUCAUAAUGAUAGAUUACACAAUAACAGUAUCAUAAAACCAACAAUCAACAACAAUCAAUUAGGCGAUACACAAUUUCUUCGUUUAGAACAAAUGAGAGCUGAUUUAGAAGAAGAAUUAGGCUUUGAAUUAUUGAUUAAAGCUUACAAUGUCAUUCAAGCAUUACAAGAAGAUGAAGAUGAAACAAUUACAGAAAGUGAAAAAAUUGUUACUAAUGUUUUAGGUGAAGAAAAAACUCGAAUUUAUUAUGAUCGUAUUUUACAAUUAGUUCUUGCUGAUGGUGCUUAUAUGGAUGAUGAAUAAACUACAACCAAUCAAUCAUGGAUUGGAUGAUCAUGAAAAUAAUAAGAAAAUUAUGUAAUUCUCAUUACUUAUUUUUUAGAAAAAUUAUCAUUUUAUUAUGUAACAUUUCAACUAGUCUAAUCAUUAUUUGGUGCAAUUUAUCAUCUACCACACAUACACACACAAAACCGUUAAUCAUGUAAUCUUAAUGAAAGUUAUUUAAUGAAUACACCAUUUUUAUGAUUAUUAAGUGAAUUAAUCUCUUAUUAUCAGUAUUGAGUUGAGGUUAGACAUUGACACCGUUGGAUCCUGGCUGAAUGGUCUAGAGGUUGAGGAGUGUUCUUGCGCGAUAUCGAAGGUCCACAAUAAGACGAAACGGUCGUCCAGUGGUUCCAGGUUUUCAAUAGUGGUCUAAUGUCCAUCGUUUCAUGACUUUGUUCUUCAAUGGGGCAGUUAGAAAUCUUAUGAGAUUGUGUAUUAGUGAAAAUAAUUGUGAUUAGCCAUUUAGUGUGGAUAAAAAGGCAUUUAGCUUAUUGACUUCAAAAUGAGAUUUCCUUUUCUAUUAUUGAUUUAUAAUUUCGACUAAUUGAGUGUAAACUAUCUGUAGUUUUGUUGAAUAUGGUUAUUGCCUAGUCUAUACUCUAGUUCUCUAUAUUUGUCUUUGAAUGAUAUAUUUUAGAUAAUGUGGUCCAGUUUGUGUAUAAGAUAUCGAUCUAGUAGCAAUGUAAUCUCAAUCAUUAAUUCUGUUAUUGUGCUGCUAGUGUAGAACACCAUAGAAAAACAGAAAGUAUAUUUGUCCUCCCCAUCAUAUAAUCUUGGCGACAAAUCGGUUUUUUAAUAGACCUAGUCACUAUACUAUGUAUUGUGAUCAGAUAAUAAUGAGAAGAAAAAUGGACAUAUUGUGCAAACUCAAAUGGGAAUUAUCGACAUUCUGGAAAAAAUUGGUCGUAAUAGUGUUAAUGUCUGAUACCAACUGAUCUAAAUUGUUGUGAGAAAAUAAUUUCAGAUGAAUAAAGCCCUAACUAAAUUUCCAACAUUAUUUACCAGAAGACAUAGGUUCACCUAAUGAUUCAAGUAUUUAUAGUGAAAUCUUUAAUUGGUAUGAAGAAAGUAUGUUAAAUGUAUCAAAUCCUGAUGCCAUUUCAUCAGAUGUGAACUGUUCGAAUGAUCCGGAGCCUUAACCGUGUUGGCAGACACAAAGAAUACACCUAGGACAGUUGGAAAAACCACAACACAAAACCAAUGGUAUACAUAGGCUAUUUGACCAGGUUGAUGGAAGAUUCACCUAGGGGAGUUGAGAGACCUUGAUUCCAAACCAAUGGUGCACAUUGGCUCCAGAAUCCUGCGGGAAAAAAUGGUGUAUGAACCUAUUGUUG